AUGGUUCUAUAUCUUACAAGUCUGGCUUGGAAAGCUCUCAAUUCUGGCUUUCGAACUGUCGUCCGAACCCAAGUCGAGAAGGGUCACGAUGAUCAAGCUGCCUCUUUUCGAGUCCACACUUCUUCCCUUUGUCACCUGGAUACCCUAACAGCAUGUCCAGUCUCCUCCAAGUGCUUGAAUAAUUUAUUUCUGGUGGUGCAAACUGUUCUGCAGACAACACAAGCUUCUCCUCUUCUGUGUCUGCCAUUUUGUCAGGAUCUUGUUUGGGCAAAGGCUCCUCAUCGCAUGGACCUUCUUCGAUGCCUGGCUCUUCUGUAA